AUGUUCUCCUCCCAACUACCGACUCAUCUCCAGCGCGCUACCGAGCUACAGCAGGAGCCCCCUAAAGGCAAACCUUACGGCGUUGCCCUACCGGGCACCGAAAAACCAGGGCGCUCUCCCGUCUACCGGACCUGGAACUCAACAAAAGAGCUAGUAAAAACACUAGACCCUAACGUGGCUACUGCGCAUGACAUAUUUGAGUCGACCGCCGGUAGAGUGCCGAAAAGCGACUGCUUGGGAUGGCGCCCAUAUGAUCCGAUAGUUAAGGCCUACGGUCCGUACCAGUGGAUGGAUUAUGAGACGGUUCAGAAGCGACGUACUGCUUUUGGUGCUGGUCUGGUCGAAUUACAUCAGAAACAUGGCUGCCAUCGUCCUGGCCAAUAUGGAAUUGGUUUAUGGUCCCAGAACCGCCCAGAGUGGCAACUGACUGACCUUGCCUGCAUGUCUCAAAGUCUGUACUCGGUCUCCAUCUACGACGUUCUCGCGGCAGACGCUACGGAGUACAUCAUCAACCACGCCGAAUUGCACUGUGUCGUGACUUCUUUGCCUCAUAUUCCCACUCUGCUGAAUUUAAAGCCAUUGUUGCCCGGUCUGAAAAUCAUUGUCAGCAUGGAUCCUCUGGAGGCCGGGGAACCCGCCGGCCUUUCUAAGCGCGCGCUCCUCGAAUCGAUUGCGGCUGGGCUGGAGGUAUCUAUCUACACCAUCGAGGAGGUGGAAGAGCUUGGGGCGUUUUCAAAACGUACCUGCAAUCCCCCAUCCCCAUCUGACAUAGUUACCAUAAAUUAUACGUCCGGCACUACAGGGAAUCCCAAAGGGGUGGUUUUGACCCAUGAGAAUACUGUCGCGGCAACUUCAAGCGGCCUCGUAGUAACUACGCAGGCCCCUGGUGAUACUCUGGCAUCAUAUCUUCCACUAGCACAUAUUUACGCGCGGCUGUCGGAGCAUGCAGCAUUCUGGGCGGGGGCUCGAAUUGGGUACUUCCAUGGGAAUAUGCUGGAACUCGUCGAUGACCUGAAAGUCCUCAAGCCUACUGGGUUCAUGUCAGUUCCAAGACUGUUCAGUCGUUUCGGAAAUGUCAUUCGCUCAGCUACCGUGGACCAGCCCGGUUUUAAGGGAGCAUUGUCGAGACAUGUUGUUGCGGCGAAGACAGCAAACCUGGAGAAUCCCGACGCUAGCAAAGCUACAAUAAAGCAUGCGGUGUAUGAUCGCAUCUGGUCGAAAAAGGUUUCCGCGGCGCUUGGCCUGGAGCGCACUAGAGUGAUGGUCUCUGGUUCUGCGCCUCUGGACCCGACCCUCCACCAGUUUUUGAGAGUGGCUACUGGUACCGAUAUUAUCCAAGGUUACGGGUUGACCGAAACAUACGCUAUUGCAUGCGCUCAAUCCCCGCGAGAUUUGACUGCCGGGAAUUGUGGGCGACUUGCUCCAUGCAACGAGGCCUGUUUGGUCUCUCUUCCGGAUAUGGACUACUCGGUCGAUGAUAAGCCCUUCCCACGGGGUGAACUGCUCUUACGUGGAGGGAACAUCUUCCGUGAGUAUUAUAAAAACCCAGAAGAAACGGCCAAUGCGAUGACUGAAGACGGAUGGUUCCGGACCGGUGACGUUUGCACCAUUGAUGAUAUGGGCCGAAUCAUCAUCAUUGAUCGUCGCAAGAAUGUCUUGAAGCUGGCGCAGGGAGAAUACAUCUCCCCCGAGCGUCUUGAGGGCGUUUACCUGUCUGAGCUGGGCUACUUGGCGCAGGGCUACGUCCAUGGUGAUAGUGUACAGACUUUCUUGGUGGGUAUCUUUGGCGUGCAGCCCGAAUCAUAUGCUCCGUGGGCCAGCAAAGUGCUCCGUCGAAACAUUGAGGUCACGGACAUUGACGGCAUCAAAUCGACGUUGGAUGAACCUCAGAUACGUCGCGCGGUGUUGCGGGAUCUCGACCGCGUCGCAAAGAAACACAAACUUGCAGGCUACGAAAAAAUAAAGAACUGCGCGCUGAUGCUGGACCCUUUUACAGUUGAGAACAAUCUGUUGACGCCGACUUUGAAGCUGAAACGUCCUCCGGCUGUGAAGAAGUAUCGCCAUCUUCUGGAUGACUUAUAUACGACGGCGUUGGCUGAGGAAGCCGCUCCGAAGGCCAAGCUCUAG